AGUCUAACUCAGUCUCUGAAGAGGAACGAACAACACACACACAAAAGAAGGCUAGUUAAACUAUGCUUCUCGGGAAACAGCUCAGGCCGCUGUUCUGGACAGUGUAUCUGACAACUUUCUAUGCCUGCGGUUGCCUUGGACAGCUGAAUGUGUGUGGUCGACCUCUCCUCAACACCAGGAUACUCGGGGGUCAGGACGCUCCUGCAAGAAAUUGGCCCUGGCAGGCCAGUCUGCACUUUGUUAUCCCUGGAGUCCCCAGCUCCUUCCUUUGUGGAGGGUCCCUCAUCAAUGACCAGUGGGUGCUCUCAGCUGCAAGCUGUUUUAGCAGUAUAUCAUCAAGUGAUCUCGAGGUGUAUCUGGGCCGGCAGAACCAGGAGGGCAGUAACCCGAACGAAGUGAAAAGGACGGUGAGCCGGAUCAUCACUCAUCCCAGUUUCAACCCUGUCACCCGUGACAACGACAUCGCUCUGCUUCGUCUGAGUGCCCCAGUCACCUUUACCAACUUCAUCAGCCCUGUGUGUCUGGCUGCCAGUGGGAGUGUUUUCCUCAACGGGGUUGACAGCUGGGUCACUGGCUGGGGAGAUAUCGCUGAAGGAGAACCCCUUCCAUCUCCUGGCACUUUAAAGGAAGUGGAGGUGGCUGUGACUGAGAACACCCAGUGCCAGUCUUUGUAUGAAGCCGUGCCAUUCACAGUCACAGACAACAUGAUCUGUGCUGGCAAACUUGCAGGAGGCAAAGACUCGUGUAAGGGAGACUCAGGAGGUCCACUGGUGAGCCAACAGGACUCCGUGUGGGUCCAGUCUGGUAUUGUUUCUUUAGAAGGUUGUGCUCAACCCAAUCCUACUGGAGUCUACACCAGGGUGUCCCGUUAUGAGAGCUGGAUCAACUCUGAGAUCAGCACUAAUCAACCAGGCUUUGUCCUGUUCACUGUCAAUUCCACUGUUCCCUCUCCUAGUGCAUCUAAAGCCCCAGAGCCCACCAGUACGUCUAUACCUCAUGAACUCAUCAAGCCCUCAGCGUUCACUCCUGCGGUCACCAACCUUCCUGCUCUGUCUUCAGCACCAGUACCCACCAGCACAUCUGCACCUCAGGGAAAAGUCUGUGUAUCUGACAGAAUCAACGAGAUUGCUAUUCCCGUAGUGACUGUAACAACUUCAAUCACUUGCAACAACAGUAUUGUAAAUCUGAUUGCUAAGGCGUCCCGUGAGCUGCUCACAGACCCAUCAUUUGAUCAAAUAAAUCCAAAUGAUGUAGAACUCAUAUGUGCAACAAGCAACACACUGAAAGUGAGUAUAUGGUUUAAGGUGAAUAUCUCUGGCCAACUCUGUUUCCCAGACAACACCAUUGUUAUGAGGACCAUCGAAGCAACCAGAAACCAGAAGGCCAUGCCUACCAUUACCAUAGAGAGAACAUCCAAUGCCGUGGUGACAUUUGAAACAGACUUAGAAUUUGUGGACUGUGCAACUAGAAGAGGACAUAUUAUUAAAGUGAUAAACAACAUCUCCGUUGAGCAAUAUGGAAUUGUCUAUAGAAGAACACUUGUUAUUUGCAGAAAACCAGAGGAGCGGGAAGGACUAAAAGAGAGGUCACCGUGGGGUCCAGUGAUGGAGUUGCAGCAAGCGUUCGACAUCGACUCCACAUCCAACUCCUCCUCCAACUCCAACUCCUCCUCCAACUCCAACUCCUCCUCCAGGGCCUCCUCUCCAACUUUCCCCACAACAGAUGAAAUCGUGGGCCGUGCUGAGGACGGCUGCACAACAGCUGAACUUCACACUGAACGAGACAUCCAUCAAUUUCACAAGACCAGCCCGGCAGAGCCCUGGAACGACGCCUUCUGUAACAUCUGGAAUGACUACAAACGUUAUGCCAGUUCAGACGACUACAUUUCAGGCCAAUGCAAAUCAGAACACUACAAGUGGGUCUCUGGGUCUCUGGAGUGCGUUCAGUUGCCUAGCGAUGGUGCUGUUCUCCCUGCAGCUAAUGGUGCAGUGGUUGGCUCUGUGACCUGCCAAUCAACUCUGCAACCAAUCAGGAAUCACACUGCAAGGCAUUCCUUUCCAGCUCUUCCCGGUUCCUUCCCAGCUUCCUGAAGAUUAUUUCCAUGAUUGGUUGUUGACUAUAAAAUACACACAUCGCAUCAGGGACAAGAGUUAAAAAUCAAAAUGUUUUGCAUCAUUUUGCUAUGAUUUCCUGACAUGUUUGGUCAAUGUUUUGCAUUGUCUUGGUGGUUUUCUCUCAUUUGAUGGGUGUUUCAGAGGUGCUCUUCUGUCAACAUUGACACCUGGAGCUCAGCAUUUAUGUCUAAUACUAUUUACAGAUUAAAGAUAAGAAUGAAAAGUAUGAUUUACUUAAUGCCAUUUAAAUUUUCUUUAACAUGUUAUGUUAUUUGAGUAUAUAGUUGUUUGAUAUAACAUAUUGAUAUAACAUAUGAAACCUUUUUUUUAUCUUUGUCUCUUUGUGUUUAUCUAACAGUCUUAAUGCACAGCUCCUAUGUAUCAUGUUUUCUGUGUGACAUUAAUGAAUAGUAAUAUAAAGCUGUUAGCUGUUAACAAACUGUGUGUGGUUAAUUUUCUAGAUGGAAAAUAUUUUAAAAGUGGUGUAUGUGUGGUUAUUAUGAAGAGCCAGACACCGUGUAAUGUUAGAUAGUUAGACGGACAUGGUGAAAUGUUAUGCAUAUGGACAAUUCCACCCAAAAUGGUCCCGUCCAUAACGCCAACUAAAUGCCAUGGUAUUUGUAUGAUGCGAAUGAUUAUGUGAAAAGUGUUUCGUGUAAGUUCCACAACCAAGAAGAGUGAAUGCUCAGAUUUCAAGUAAUCAUCAUUCACAUCAUACCGUACCAUGGCAUUGUGUUGGUGUAAUGGGCAUGACAGUUUUGUGUGGAAUUGCCCAUUUAUAUAUCGUAGUAUAAACAGGUUGGGGCGUCAGAUUGGGGGUAAAAUUGGCAUCUCACCUCAAGGGGGUCUAUAUAUUCUUCACCACACCUCUCUGUGCAUGUUGCUAAUACAUUGUUCAUAUCGCUUAGCCAUAUCUAUUCUGCUUUUAUAAGGCUACUGCUAAUACAUUGUACAUAUUUAUAUGUAAUUUUUAUUACUGUAAACCACUUUCUUAACUGUAUACUACUGUCUACACUGCACUAUAUGUGUAUACUGUUCAUACUGCACUUUUCUGCUUUUUUGCUCUUCUGGUAAGAAGCAUUUCAUUGUCUGUACUUGUACUAUGUACAAUGACAAUAAAGUUGAAUCUAAUCUAAUCAAA